AACAUUGAAUUACAUAAUUAGUCUCAUGGUUUCCGGCCACUUGAACAUGGACGUUUGCUCGAAAAUAUUUCUACGAAUGGUCAGGUGUUACAGGGAGUCGUACUACUUGCUUGAGCGAGCCACCGACAACGCGAGACUCCUUAGGUCCGUGAAUUCCACCCACAUAUCGAAUAUCGCGAGACUCCUACUCGAUAACGGAGAGUACGAGUCGACGAGUUGGCCGAGGAGGAUCUACGUGCCCGAGGCCCUGGCUCCGCACUUCUUUGAGAGCAACGUCGCAAGCACCGUCAUCGGCUCUCUCGUCGAAUUUAUCGUUGAUUCUCAGCAAAAAGGGGAAACUAGGAACGAUGGAAAAGGCAAGCCAAGCGAGGCGACGAGACGCGCAGAGUUCCUGCUUACUCCUGGGGAUUCGCGGCUUGUCCCGAAGGCUCAGAUCUACUUAACCACUGUGUGCCCGAAAAAAUUCGGUGGCUCCCACGAGAGCUUACGUUCUCACUUCCCUAAGAGCGAAGAGUUCUUCGCGUUCAACGUCUUCCCCGCAGCGUCCUACUACGAAGGCACGCCCUACGCUUCCAUAUCCAAAUCCCAGAUGCCGGCCAUAGCUAUGCUCGAGCGAGACUACCGGGCACUUCGGAAGCUGCGCUUCGAGGUCACUGGCACCUACUGCAGCAAGCAACGCGAGCUGCUCUGCAAGGGCGAGUUUUGGCUCGCCCUCAUUAAGGACAUAUCGGAUAUCCUCGCCGUUUCGGCCCUUUAUCGAUCAUUCGGCAAGGAGUUCGCCAAUUACAGCCUCGCCAUCGUACAGAUGUUGCUGUACUGCAAGGACGAAAGCCUUUCGGGACUGACGGAGGCUUCGGCCGUCUUAACCAACGGCCGACUCAUCAGUCAGGAGCAAUAUAACUUGAUCUUGAAACGCUUUAAAUUGAAGCACGAGAUUUGCUAAUUCACGAAAUCCUCGUACAAAUUGAUACAUCC